AUGGUUUACGGAACUCAAAUGUAUUACGCUGCGUGUAAUUACUAUACGCCAAGAAAAUCUGAGGGCAGCCGUAGAGAAGCUGGCGAUGGUUACAGAAACGACUACACGGAGAACGUAUUGCGCGGUAGACACCGUGGCAAUAUAUCUAAACGUUCGACAUCAUCCAAGCGCCCAAAGCGAGAAGUUCACCGCCGUAUUAAAGAUGAUAAGUGCGAUAGAAAUAUUCUCAAAGCUGCCUCGCCAUCUGACUCACCUGGUCCUACGAAGCUGAUUAUUUCUAAUCUGGACUUUGAAGUUUCCGACAUAGAUAUCCAGGAGAUGUUUCAAAACUUCGGCGUACUAAACAGCAUCAACUAUGAUAGAGCUGGAAGAUAUAAUGGUACCGCUGAUGUAGUAUUUGAAAGGCGAGCCGAUGCCUUAAAAGCAAUGGGUGAGUUAAAUGGGAGGACUUUCGAUGGAAAGGCAUUGGAUAUAAGGCUCGCAACUUCACAAAACUGUACCGAAGACUACAGAUAUGAAGAAAGAAGUCCUGUUAGUGUUAACAACGGCUGCAGUGGCAACAACGUUCGAUUCAACAGGAAAAGUACAAGGAGUGCUGAUGAAUGUACCCAUCAAAAUAGACGUGAAUCUCGCAGUAGUGAUAAUGGACAGGCUGGAGCAAAAGGUGAAAAGCGUCCUGCGCUCACUGCAGAACAGUUGGAUGCAGAACUAGAAGUUUAUAUGACUUCUGUCAAAGAAGUCAAGCGUAGAAAGUGA